AUGCGGAUCGCGCUGUUUGAGGUCAAGCAGUCCAGUCGGUCGUUCAGCGCCCACGACGUCACCCUCGCUGCCGACAACUUCAACAAGGCGAAGGGCCUCCUCGCGUACUUCUGGCUGCACACCGGAUUCCUCUGGCAGGCGGGCGAUGCCAUCGGGGGCCCGGCCACGCUGGGGCCCUCGCGAGAGCUUGGCCUGGGCGUGGAGCAGGUGGACAAGGCCAGCAAGGGGAUCCAGACGGACAAGCGCAGGGGCCGGUUCACAGCGGGCUCCAGGCUCGUGCUCCACUACGCCGCGUGCGGCGACGUCCCGCCGCCCUCUGGCGGGAAGGCUGCGACCCUUCUGUCGAUCUGA